ACUAAGCUAUCUUCCUUCUCCAGCCCCCUUUGUUUUCAGUUUCCGCCAAAUUUAGCGGCGAUUUCCCCAACCUUCGAUUUUGUCCUUAAAAAUAUCACCUGACACUUCCUCUACCCGUCCCACGCUUUCUCUUUCUCCUUCUCUCUCAUUUUUGCAAUGGCUCAAACGGUGGCCACUAGAUCCAUCCACGCUAACUUCUUAAGCAAGGGGUCUGGAUCCGUUCAAGAGCGAGCAGAGAAGCUUAAGCCUGCGAGCUUCGCUUCCAAAGUGCUGGCACCUGACUCGAAGAAGAGCAAGGCAGUCGUGUUUAGGAGCAACUCUAGGAUUACUGCUAAGAGAGCCGCACGUGCCGACCCUGAAGUUAUUCCCGUUUCACCUGAGGAUGUACCCAAGAGGGAGGAACAGUAUGAGCAGCUAAGGGGGAUUCAGCAAGUAGGCGAUACAUCAGUUGGUAUGUGGUCCAAGCCUAUUGUUAGACGUAAAACAAAGAUUGUUUGCACAAUUGGUCCUUCAACAAACACACGGGAAAUGAUAUGGAAAUUGGCUGAGGCUGGAAUGAAUGUUGCCCGUUUGAAUAUGUCUCAUGGAGACCAUGCAUCCCAUCAGAAAGUUAUUGAUUUAGUCAAGGAGUAUAAUGCACAAUCCAAAGACAACACCAUUGCUAUUAUGCUUGAUACCAAGGGCCCUGAGGUUAGGAGUGGCGACUUGCCCCAACCAAUUACAGUAACAACUGGGCAGGAAUAUAGUUUUACAAUUAGGAGAGGAGUUGGGACACCUGAUUGUGUCAGUGUUAACUAUGAUGAUUUUGUUAAUGACGUAGAAGUUGGUGACAUGCUUCUCGUUGAUGGUGGUAUGAUGUCAUUUUUAGUGAAGUCUAAGACAGAAGAUUCAGUGAAGUGUGAAGUAGUUGAUGGUGGUGAGCUUAAGUCUAGGCGGCAUUUAAAUGUCCGAGGAAAAAGUGCUACACUGCCUUCUAUUACAGAAAAGGACUGGGAUGACAUAAAAUUUGGAGUAGACAAUAAAGUUGACUUUUAUGCUGUUUCCUUUGUUAAAGAUGCCGAAGUGGUUCAUGAGUUGAAGAAUUAUCUGCAGAUUUGUGAUGCAGAUAUUCAUGUUAUUGUUAAAAUUGAAAGUGCGGAUUCUAUUCCAAAUUUGCAUUCAAUUAUAACAGCAUCUGAUGGGGCAAUGGUUGCUAGAGGAGAUCUUGGUGCAGAGCUUCCUAUCGAGGAGGUUCCACUUUUGCAGGAAGAGAUAAUUAGAACAUGUCGAAGCAUGGGAAAAGCUGUUAUUGUGGCAACCAAUAUGCUUGAAAGUAUGAUUGUUCAUCCAACACCAACCAGAGCAGAGGUAUCUGACAUUGCCAUUGCUGUUCGUGAGGGUGCUGACGCUGUCAUGCUUUCUGGAGAAACAGCUCAUGGAAAGUUCCCGUUGAAAGCUGUUAAAGUGAUGCAUACAGUUGCACUACGAACUGAAGCAACUAUAUCUGGUGGUGAAAUGCCACCUAAUCUAGGUCAAGCUUUCAAGAACCAUAUGAGUGAAAUGUUUGCAUAUCAUGCAACUAUGAUGUCAAAUACUCUUGGAAUCUCCACUGUUGUCUUCACUAGAACUGGUUUCAUGGCUAUAUUACUUAGCCAUUUUCGUCCUUCGGGCACUAUCUUUGCCUUCACAAAUGAGAAAAGGGUACAACAACGAUUAGCUUUAUAUCAAGGAGUAUGUCCCAUACACAUGGAGUUCUUAGAUGAUGCUGAGGAAACCUUUGAGAAGGCUUUAGCUUUAUUGCAGAGGCAAGGAAUGGUGAAGGAAGGAGAAGAGAUCUCUCUUGUUCAGAGCGGCAGACAGCCCAUCUGGCGAUUCCAGUCCACUCACAAUAUCCAGGUCCGAAAAGUGUAGCGGUUUUCAAAGAGUCCCAUUCGACUGAGUUAUAUUCUUCAUGCUAUUAUUUAUAGUUCCAAAUGGUCACAUAGAAGAGUAUUCAGGUUAGGUUUGGGACCUAUGUCUUAUUAUUUAGCGUUUCAUGUUUGCUCCAGAUUUCUUGGACUAUGGGACUAUUAUUCAUUGCCUCCUUUUCUUUUUCUCCUUUUUAAUAUCCCCCCUAAACAAGAUAGUUUUUGAAGAUUCUAGUUUUGUAUUCGAAGAUUAUCCAAAUGCGAAAUAUGAGGUAGGCAGGCAGGCUGAUAUAUUGAGCUUGUGUUUCUAGUAAAAAGGAAUGUGAUUUUGCA